GUUAUUGUUUGGUAAAAGGAAAAUCGGCAUUCAAUCGAUCGGUGCGGAAUUUCACAAUCGCCACCAACACUCCAAAAAGUGAUAAAAUGCAGCUUCUCGCGCUAGCCAGGGGAGCUCUGGGGGCACGAAUUAUCCUGCGUGGCCUCUCGACGACCGGGACGAAGUGGAUCGAAGUAAAAACCGUCCAGCAAACGGUGGAUCCGUACGCCAAGAUCAGGAUCAACUGUGCCUACAACCUGAAAAUCGUUCCCUACGAUCUUUUGGACUGUCCGGAUUCGAAUCUACUCAGAGCCACCGUCAAAUCCGAGGAAAACAAGGACAACAUCGCCGUGAAGGUGUCCGAGAACCACGUUUCCAUCUCAAACGGCACGAACGACACAGGAACGGGAGGAAAGCUGCCGGAAUGCACUCUCGAAAUACCGAUAAAGGCCGAUCUGGAGAUACGGAACGCUGGAACUACGACCAUAGCCGAUCUGUACAGCGAUGAGAUUGCGGUGGAAUGUACCGGAAACAUUGACACCAAGAGUUUACGCUCUACGAACGUUGCUCUUACCAGCACCGCCGGUAGCAUAUCGUGCCGAGGAAUCACACUAGCCCAAAACGUGGUCACAGUAGCCUGUGGCAAGGGAAACAUUUUUCUCGACAAACUUCAGGGUGGUUCCGUGAGCGCUUCAACCGAGGAUGGCAACAUAAUAGUCAAUGCUAGCUACUCUAAUCAAAGCUACUUCCGGACACGGCGGGGCAAUAUGGAGUUGAAAAGCAUCCACAAGGAGUGCACAGUAAAAUCGGACGCUGGGAACUCCUUUACGAUGAAUGGAUUCUACGGUACUCUGCACGCCGACGUUGGAAGUGAAAACGUUUCGCUGCAACUCUCGGAAACCGUUGGCAAGAACACCAUCCUGGCACGGAAAGCUAAAGCCCUGCAGCUUAAUCUUGCCGACACCGUUUACGAAUCGUCUGCGAUAACGGUAAACGCCUCGAAGCUGGAGUUGGACGGUAGCAUGGAUGAUAAAGCGCAUAAACGGAAUGGCAACAGCGUAACGCUUGGGAAAGAAGGCGCGGAGAGUAGUCUACACGUGGAGGCGGCGGGAUCGGUCACGCUCCGAAAAAUGUCCUGGGCAGAUUCGUUCUCGUUCGCCGGAAAAAUGGAACAGUAGUCAUGUUCUCCAGUUUCAUCGAGGUGUGUUAAGCAUUUAUCUGUUAAGCGUUAGUAGAGAUUAUUUAUUAUAGAACACGUAAAAUCCGGAAAAGAUUAAAACCGCGUAGAAUAUAUGUUCAAAAACUUAAA